GUAAGCAGUUACUUGUGAAUCCGGGCUAAGCCUUACGGUUGGCAAGUGACUUAUAUAGAUAUAGGGUUGUUAGAGAUUUUGGUGGCAACUGUGAGAGAGAAUAGAAGAAUGAUUUCGGCACUGUCAUGGAUUCCGAAAGGUGUUUUUGUUGUCGAUCCUCCUUCUCCUUCGGAAAAGGAUAUUGAAGAAUCAAUCCCUCUGCACUCAAAAGAGAGUGAUAAUGAAGAUAAUAAGAAUGACGAUGAUGAACUCGAAGACACGAUCAUUUAUCCAACCGACUCUGUCAGUGUUACUGCAUAUAUUAAUUUUGAAAGGGAAGAUCAUGGUCUUGUCAUGGUUUGGAUGUUUGAUGACAGAGAUAUGAACUGGUUUGUUCACGAUUACAUUGAACUUAAAGCAUCCCCACUUUCCAUGGCUUUGCUUGACUGCCCCAUUCAAGGUGGAGAAAGAGGGAACUUCUUAGCUGUUGGUACAAUGAAACCUUCCAUAGAAAUUUGGAACCUCGACCGUAUUGAGGAGGUAGCACCAUGUCUUGUGUUGGGUUGCACUGAUGGUCACACUGACUCAAUAUGUGGUCUUGCAUCGAACAAGGAGAACAGAAAUAUAAUCGCAAGUGCCGGUGCUGACAGUCUAGUAAAGAUUUGGGACGUUGUUGCUGAGAAAUGUGAUAUUACAAUGGGACAUCACUCAAACAUGGUUGGAGCAGUUGCUUGGAAUCAUCAUGCACCACAGCUUCUUCUUAGUGGUUCCUUUGAUCAUACUCUUGUUUUGAAGGAUGUGAGGACACCGUCACAUUCUGGCUAUAGGUGGUCAGUGACAGAUGAUGUAGAGACCAUUGAAUGGGAUCCACACGCCGAGCAUUCUUUUGUGGCGGGUCUUGGGGAUGGUAGUGUUAAGUGUUUUGAUAUUCGGACUGCCACGGCUGAAUCCACAUCUGAGCUCAGUUCUACUUUUACCCUUCAUGCACAUGAUCGAAGUGUUACAUCAGUAUCCUACAAUCUGUCGGCACCUAAUCUUCUUGCUACAGCAUCCUACGAUCAAACGGUGAAACUUUGGGAUUUGUCCAACAACCAACCAUCUUGUGUAGCUUCAAAAAAUCCUGGAGUAGGAUCUAUCUUUUGUAUUUCUUUCUCUAAGGACAACCCUUUUAUGUUGGCUAUAGGAGGCAGAAUGGUACAAUUUCACGCAUGGGACUCAUUAUCUGAUCCUGGCGUCUUUGGAAGAUACGGGAACUAAAGAACUAUUAAUUCAUCCAUGUGCGUGCCAUUCUCAAGUGCGUGCGUAUGUGGUUUAGGGUCAAAGAUUUUCAAGGGGUUAACAAUAUAUUAUUUUUUUUUAAAUGUGGAUAUAAUAAUAUGCUGUUUCAAAUUUAUAUCGUACGCGCACUCCUUUUGGUUUUACAUAUAUGUGCAAAGAAAUAAAAGAAGAGAAAAAUAAAGUCACAAA